UAAAACUCAAUUUUUUUCUAAUAAAUACUUUAUCCUCUUCUUUAUUUUUUUCAAAAUGGAUAUCUGUGAAGCUGUUUCUUCUAUUCGAAAUAAAAAUAAAAUCAAUAUUCAUGGCUAUCUCAUGGUUAAAGACAAAAAAAGAAACAACUCAUAUUACUGGUAUUGUAAAAAACGGGAUCAACUACGAUGCAAUGGACGAGCUACAACUAUGUUUACCAAAAAUCAAUAUCACCUUGUAAAGUUUACAGAUCACAACCAUGCUGCAGAUGCAAGCCAAGUUAAAGUUGUAAAAAGUCUCAAUUUAUUAAAAGAACAGGCCCAACAAACAAAUGACCAGCUUGUACAAGUUAUUCAAAGUGUUUUGGCUGGUAGUUCAUAAGAAAUAGGUUCUCAUUUGCCAUCUCGUGAUGCACUUCGUCAAGCUGUCAAAUGAGUUAGACGUGCUAAUUUACC